CCCAAAAGGCUGGUCUGUCUCAAUGUACCCUCCCCUGCCUCGCCAGCCUGCCAAGAGCACCAAGUUUACUUCCAGGUAGUAGGUGAGCAGGGCUGAGAACUUGCCCCAGGCUACAAGCCUCCCAACUGAGAAAGCAAGCAUAUUCAGUUACUUGGCUAUUCCACCUCCCUCAAAGGAUCUGUAGAUUCUCUCAGCUUUUCUGUAGAGACAAGGUUGCAACAUGUUGGCCAGGCUGGUAUUGAAAUCCUGACCUCAAGUGAUCUGCCUUCCUCGGCCUCCCAAAAUGCUGGCAUUGCAGGGAAACCCUGCCUACCAUGUAGUGGUCAACAUGGGAAACUGGAGCAUUGUGACUGAAUUCACACUAAGUGCCUUCCCAGCUCUCCUGGACAUUCGAAUAUCUCUCUUCAUGGUUCUUGUGUUAACUUACACGUUAACAACAACAGGAAACAUCAUCAUCAUCUCCCUGAUACGAAUUGAUCAUCGUCUGCAAACUCCAAUGUACUUUUUCCUCAGUAAUUUGUCCUUUCUGGAUAUCUUAUAUACCACUGUCAUUACCCCAAAGUUGUUAGCCUGCCUCCUAGGAGAAAAGAAAACCAUAUCUUUUGCUGGUUGUAUGACCCAGACAUAUUUCUACUUCUUUCUGGGGACAGUGGAGUUUAUCCUCUUGGCGGUGAUGUCCUUUGACCGCUAUGUGGCUAUCUGUGACCCACUGCACUACACCAUCAUCAUGAACAGCAGGACCUGCUUCCUGCUGGUUCUGGGAUGCUGGGUGGGAGCCUUCCUGUUUGUGUUGGUUCCAACCAUUGUUGUGACACGGCUACCUUACUGUAGGAAAGAAAUUAAUCAUUUUUUCUGUGACAUUGCCCCUCUUCUACAGGUGGCUUGUAUAAACACUCACCUCAUUGAGAAGAUAAACUUUCUCCUCUCUGCCCUUGUCAUCCUGAGCUCCCUGGGAUUCACCACUGGCUCCUAUGUGUGCAUAAUUUCCACCAUUCUGAGUAUCCCCUCCACCCAGGGCCGUCAGAAAGCUUUUUCUACCUGUGCUUCUCACAUCACUGUUGUCUCCAUUGCCUACGGGAGCAACAUCUUUGUGUAUGUGAGACCCAAUCAGAACUCCCCACUGGAUUAUGACAAGGUUGCUGCUGUUCUCAUCACAGUGGCGACCCCUCUUCUGAAUCCUUUUAUCUACAGCUUGAGGAAUGAGAAGGUAAAGGAAGUGUUGAGAGAGACAGUGAACAGAAUCAUGACCUUGAUACUAAGGAAAACUUGACACUGCUAUAUACUAUAUAUGUCAUAUAGAUUUUUUUAAAUUAUUUAUUUUGUUAAGUUCCAGGGUACAUGUGAAGGACAUGCAGGUUUGUUACAUGGGUAAACGUGUGCCAUGGUGGUUUCCUGCAUCUAUCAAUCCAUCACCUAGAUACUAAGCCCACCAAGCUGGAAAAUAUUCUUCAGGAUAUUAUUCAGGAAAACUUUCUUAACCUAGUAACACAGGACAAUACUCAACUCCAGGUAAUACAGAGAACAUCACAAAGAUGCUCCUCAAGUAGAACAACCCCAAGACACAUAAUCAUUAGAUUCACCAGUGUUGAAAUAAAGGAGAAAAUUCUAAGGGCAGCUAGAGAGAAAGGUCAGGUUACCCAUAAAGGGAAAACUAUCAGACUCACAGCAGAUCUCUCAGCUGAAACCCUACAAACUAGAGGAG